ACAGCGAAAUCUAUUCAUCGAAUAUUCUAUUACGUCUGCCACCCCCUCCAGAGUGUCGUUUUUCUGACUAUUUCUGCGAUUACGUCCCAAUCUCAACUCGCGUCAUCUACUAGGUUUCCGGGGCUAGCGCGCUUGUCGUUGAUAAAGAAAGCAGUAUAAAACAACCCCGGAGGCAACUUACUAGUGCAGUCCCCGGCAGUCCCUCUCAUCUGAAUACCUCUUCACCAUGUCCAGCUCGCGUCUCGUCGUCCUCGUUUUCGCUUUCAUCACCUUUGCUGUUGUGCUCGUCGGCGCAAGCCCUGCACCGGGGAAUGUCAUCUCCGCCAGAGCUGAACCUCCCUGUGCCAUGGACGUCAUGAACAACCUCGGGAGCUCCGUCACACCAAUUCUCGAUAAAAUUGAUAAUCUCGUAGAAACGAAGACCGCCACCACGGAAAAUAUCAUACCGCUGCUUAAUGAGGUCACCGUCGUUAUCAAUGUCGCUGCUUCCUCUCUGCAGAUUGUCAGUGUCGUUACAAGCUUACUCCAAAUUGCCAAUGUCGCACAGGUGACUUUCACCAUCCUGGCGGCUAUCAAUACCACUCUUUUAGGCCUUUUGGGCUCCGGUUUGGGUCUCGAUCUCGGAGUGGUAGUAUCACUGGUCAAUGUGGCUACCGGCGACGUACUUAAGAUACUGGUUGUUAUCGCGCCCGGGUUGCUCCCUCUUGGUUGUGAAAUUGCUGCUAGGCGUUAGUAGCCCCAUCGUCUCUGUGGUUGUAGGUUUUUUGUGACUUUAGAUGGUAGUAGCUCGAUUUCAUCUUUGUUCUUCCGACCCUUCUUUCCUUCUGCAGAUAUCGUUACCUGUUUAGUUUCGCUAUGGACACUAUCGAACACCUUGCAGAUACAGCCGAUAUGAGCUACUGAUUUCCAG